AUGAUCCCAUUGCACAUCUUGGCACUGGCUCAAAAGCCGGUCAUUGAACUGCUUGGACAGCUGCUGCUGCUACUGCUUUCUGGAUUCGAUGUGGCUCGCACGACCAAGGAUUUCUUUGGAUCGACCGUGUUGGAGUAUCUUUCCAAAAAUCCGUUGGAGGAAGGAAGACAUGCGACUCGAUGGUUGGCAAAUCUCCUAGUGGGACAACAACUACCAUUUCUACGGCUGGAUCGUUGGAAACAUGAACUGUUGGCGGAAGAGGAACGAGUCGUACGCGCUUCGGAUCUAGGAAUCUCAAGCAACGAAGUCCAGUCUUUCUUGGACAAGCUCGUUCAGUUGGAAUUCCUCGAGAUGUUGCUGGAACUAAAGCUGUGGAAAAUCAAAUUGGACGAGAAUCCUAUGGAAGAGAAUCGUGAAAAGGUGAAGGAAAAUGCUUUUCGCCACAGUUGUCGAGUUAGUUGUGGGAUUUCCAUUGUUGUUGAGCAUGUGAUUCCAUUUCUCGGCAACAACCACCAAGUGACUGUUCAUUGA